CCCCUCCUCUCAGUGCGCAUGACGUAUCAAGCAAAGAUCACCGAACGCGGGAUUCAAUAUGGCGGAAGACUCGAGAUUAAGCUCAGCCGACAGAGGAAAUGGGACGCCUCGGGACCAUCGUCCACCAAAGAGAAGACACGAUAAAGAUGACGAUGAGUCUCUGUCUCCUAAUAAAAAGCUGGACACAGGGGAAGGUCACAGUCAGAAGGUGGCCACACACUACAAUGCUUUGCAGGAGUGCGGUCUGGUGGAGCGCAACAGGAGCCGAAUCGUGCAUAUGCGCAACUUCAAUAACUGGCUGAAGAGCCUUUUGAUCGGUGAGAUCCUGGACGUGGUGCGGCGUGACAGGCGGGAAGUGUGUGUGCUGGACCUGGGCUGUGGGAAAGGAGGAGAUCUACUGAAGUGGAGAAAGGGACGCAUCAGCAGGCUGGUUUGUGCAGACAUCGCAGGUGUGUCAGUAGAACAGUGUCAGCAGCGCUACACUGACAUGAAGAGGCGGAGUCACCCCAACGAGCGCAUCUUUACUGCCGAGUUCAUUACUGCAGACUGCUCCAGGGAGCUGCUGAGUGAGAAGCUGAGUGACCCCGAGCUGCAGUUUGAUGUGUGUAGUUGUCAGUUUGUGUAUCAUUACUCGUUCGAGAGCCAGCAGCAGGCCGACACCAUGCUGAGAAACGCCUGCGAGAGGCUCCGCCCCGGUGGCUUCUUCAUUGGGACCACACCUGACGCAUACGAGCUGGUGAAGCGUGUGGAGCAGUCGGAUUCCAACAGCUUCGGGAACGAGGUGUACCGCGUGACGUUCCAGAAGAAAGGAGAUUAUUCGCUGUUCGGCUGUCAGUACGACUUCAACCUGGAGGGAGUCGUGAACGUGCCAGAGUUCCUGGUGUAUUUUCCACUGUUUGUGGAAAUGGCCAAGAAGUACAACAUGCGUCUGGUUUAUAAAAAAACGUUCCAGCAGUUCUUCGACGAGAAGAUAAAGGAUGAGGGGAACAAGACUCUGAUGCAGAGGAUGCAGGCACUCGAGCAAUACCCGGCGGAUGACAGAGGCAGGUUGGUGUGUGACAGUGUCAAGGAGUAUGAACACGCUGAGAGGAGAGCACAGAGACCCGGAGUGUCACUGCCACUGGGAACACUGUCCAAGUCAGAGUGGGAAGCCACAAGUAUCUACCUGGUGUUUGUAUUUGAGAAGAUGGCCUGAACUUCAGUGACUUCCAAAUCAGGAUUUUUUCGUCUUUCUUUUUUUAUUCAUUUUUUGAUCAAGCUGGCCAACGCUGCUGAGUUGCAUUUUCCCCACAUGGCUAUUAGAGGUGUGUGUGUGUGUGUGUGUGUGUGUGUGUGUGUGUGUGUGAGUGUGUGAGUAAAGAGUUUGUAUGUAAUGUGUAUCGGUCAGAAAUUCUGUGUUUAUAUUGGUGUCUGAGAAAAUUGUAAAAUAAAAAGAGUAAAAUGUC